CUAAACUUGUUUUAUAGUGAAAGUUAAAUUGUAUUGCAAAUGGAGGCAAAAUUGAUUAAUAUUUGUUAUGGCAGCUGAGAAUUGUAAUUCAUUUAUAAGAUUUGCCCUAGAUCUCAUAAGGGCUGAAGAUUACUAUGCAUCAACUUCGCCAAAGAUAGAAUAGAAGAAACCUAAAUUAAGAUUAUUUGAUAUUGAUGAAAGCCCAAAAAGAUAUACGACUAUCAAACCCUUUCCAAUCUAAUAAAAAAUCACAAAGAUGAAAUAAAUUGAAAAGCCUAUUCAAAAUACUGUGACAAAAUGUAAAUGUAUGAAAUCUAAAUGUCAAAAAUCUUAUUGUGAAUGUUUUGCUGCAGGAAAAGCUUGCAAUAUUGAUUGUAAUUGUUAAGGAUGUAAUAAUUCAAGUUGUUCUUAAUCAACAAAAAAACUAUAGACUGGAGGAUGUAAUUGUAAAAAAACAGGUUGUAUGAAAAAGUAUUGUGAAUGUUAUUUGAAAAAAUAAAGAUGUACAUUCUUGUGUAAUUGUAUUGAUUGUUGUAAUCAAGAAGAUUCAGAAUCAGAAAAAGAAAAUGAAUAAUUAUAAUAACAUAGCAUCGAUUGUGGAUAAACAACUACUAAUUAAAUAACAUAACAAUGAAUAAAUUUUUAUAAAAUAAU